GUCAUUUUUGGGAAGAUAUCAUAACGAAGCAAGCGUUGGAGUUCGAAAGGUCGACCUUGGUGAAGAAAGAUUGGAAAAAUGUGGAAAAGAAUAGCUCUUAUCGCCGUUUUGGCGUCAGUCAACUGUACCCCAUUGGAUCACAGUUCGAGUAUAGACGAGAAUUUAGUGGGUGUUGUGUCCGAAUGCAUCGAAAGAGAUACGUCGCUUUGUUUGAAGGAAAAGGCGCUAAAGUAUACAGAAAAAUUGGCCAUUACGAAAGAUAUUAACCUUUUCGAAGGUAUGACGCUCAUAAACACUGGGUCAGCACGGUCAGCCCGCAGCUACGAGGCGCUUUCUGAAAACCCAAAGACCAGAGAAAUGCAGAUUGAGGAGAGAAUAGCUAACAAUGUUGGAGAUUUCCUCGACAACCACGUAUUGCAGUUACGUUUAUCCGACCACAGUGAAGAUUCUACAGAUUUGGAUGAAGAAGGUCGUGGCAAGAAGGGGAGCAAAAAGAAGAUCAAGAAGAUCCUUCCUCUUCUACUUCUUUUGAAACUUAAGCUUGCCGCACUAGUACCACUCUUUCUGGGAAUCAUCGCGUUCGCCGCGGUCAAGGCUGUAUUCCUUGGAAAGAUAGCAUUCGCCCUAAAUGCUUUCAGUGUUAUCAAGAAACUGCUCUCAAAGAACAGUCACGGAUCAUCUUCAGUCAGUUAUACACCACACCAUGAAGAGCAUUCGGGUUAUAACUACGAACCAGCCCAAGGGUGGAGCAGAAAAGUCAACGACGACCAAAGUUUGGCGUAUGCUGGACAACUCUCGAAUUAAUCCAUACCAAGGUCGAGUGUGUGUGUUUGUGUGUGUGAAAUAUUUAAUAAAGAAUGCGUGUGUUGCCAUAUCAGU